ACUCUUCAAUAUACAACUAAACGCUGAAGAAGCAAAACAGCUGUUACACUAAACUUAGUGAGUAGUGGACAGUAUUACGUAGUAAAAAAAUAGAAGGAAAAAAAAAUAGAAAAACGAUAACAAAGUGCAAAUUUGUAAUAAAAAAAAAACUAUAUAAACAGUGUAAUUGGGAAACGCCUGUCUCUGAAAAAAAAAUCGCGAGUGUAAAUAACAAUAACAAGAAAUAAUAAAAAGUAAACAAAGCGAUAACGAACGACGAAUAAUAAAAUAGCCGUAAUUAUUGUUGUGUUUUUUGUUGUUGUAGUUGUAGUGGUAACAUAAAAAGCUUUACAAUGAAACUACCAGUGCUUAGUGUAUUCUCGACUUUACGCCAGUCAUUGCUACAACAAACCACAAAAACUCUCGUUGCAAAACAAACUCCUCUACUAGUCAAACAACAACAACAGCAGCAGCAACAUCGUUUACAUCAUUGUUCCAACAUGUUACCACGUAUAGCAUUCUCUAACGAUUUCUUUUUCCGUCAGUUGUUCGAUUUGGAAAGCUGGACUUAUUCCUACUUGUUGGCUGAUGUAAAUGCCAAGGAAGCCAUUAUUAUUGAUCCCGUUUUAGAGCAAGCUAAACGUGAUGCCCAAUUGAUAAAAGAUUUGGGUUUUACUUUAAAAUAUGCCGUUAAUACACAUAUGCAUGCUGAUCACAUUACCGGUAGCGGUUGGUUGAAACAAUUGUUACCCGGUUGCCAGUCAGUGAUAUCUGUUGAUAGCGGUGCUAAAGCCGAUAUACACAUACACGAGGGCGAUAAAGUGCAAUUUGGUCGUCAUGCCAUAGAGACAUUAGCUACACCUGGCCAUACAAAUGGCUGCUUGAGUUAUGUUAUACAUGAACAAGGCUGUGUUUUCACCGGUGAUGCUUUAUUAAUUAGAGGCUGUGGUCGUACCGAUUUCCAAGAGGGUAAUCCUCAACAUUUAUAUGAAAAUAUACACAAUAAAAUCUUUACUUUGCCCGAAAACUUCCGUGUUUAUCCCGCUCAUGACUACAAAGGCCAAAUGGAAAGUUCUAUUUGGGAAGAAAAACAAUAUAAUCCUCGCUUGACUAAAUCUCUAGAAGAAUUUGUGCAUAUUAUGAACAAUUUGAAUUUGCCUUAUCCCAAGAAAAUUGAUGCCUCUUUGCCUGCCAAUCGUGAAUGUGGUGUUUUUGAUAUACCCAAGGACCAGUAAAAACUAUUUGCAACAAAAACUAAUUUUCUCUAAUAUAUUAAAACAAAUUUGUUCUUUAAAUUGUACCUAAAUGAAAAUUAUAAAACUUUUUUUAAAUAAAUUAUUAAAAAAAUCUAAAAAA